AUAAUUAUACUUCUCAGUUCCAACACAUCCUCCAAUGGCCGGUUUUGUAACACCCCUACCUCCACCUCCAAUGGGUCCUCCAGUGACCAUGCCCAUGAAACAUCCCAGCGAGGUACAAUUAGAUGAUGAACCCAGCAACAAAAAAAUGCGAAACGAGGACUCCCUGGUACCCGAAGAGGUGUUCUUGGCCAGAAACCCAAGUCCAGUAAUGGUGAAAGUUACUAUCCCGAUGAUGCCGGAAAAAUCCGAAUGGAAACUAAGUGGUCAAGUGUUGAAUUUUACUCUGCCCUUGGGAGAGUCUGUGGCUAAUUUGAAGGCUAAGAUACAGGAGGAGAUAAGUAUGCCGCCGGCUAAGCAGAAGUUAUUCUUUGACGGCAUGUUCUUCAAAGAUUCAAACACGCUGGCUUAUUACAACAUCACUCCAGCGGCUGUCAUUCAACUUCAGGUGAAGGAAAGAGGCGGAAGGAAAAAAUAAUUUCGACAAAAAGGUUUCAAUGUCGUAUAUUUUUAUUCGUAAGGUUAUUAAGAUAAAUAUUUUAGUUUAAUAAAAACAAAUAGUUAAAGUGUAACUGAAUAACUAAUAUUGUAAAACA